AUUCCAUGGCAGUUAGGGCCUGCUCAGAGGAAUGGGGUGAGGCCUUCUCUUGGAUCUGGAGUUCAGGUGCAUGAAAAGGGGCUCCCCCACUCUUCCUCUGACCCUGGGCCUGGGAUGGAACCGGAUUUGACUGAGGAAGAGAUCCAGGCGAUAAGAACCAGCAGAAACAGGCGGUCACUUUCGCAGCAACGCCGCAACUCCCAGUUGCCCUUUCAGUGGAGAAUCAUGCACAGCUCCCGCUGGAUUGCCCAGGUGGUGGCCUCAGAAUUCAGCCUGGUGGCCUUCCUCCUGCUUCUGGUCAUGGUCUUCUCCAAAAAGUGGGUGUACCCCUCUAAGAGUCGUUUCCAUCAGCGUUACCCCAAAAAUAUCACCCAUAGACUCUACACCUCGAUCCAUACAAUGUCCACAGGGCUCCUGUACACCUGCAUCUCUAGAAGCUGCUCCGUUUCAGACAGUGGGAAAGACAAUUUUAAGCUGUGGACAAACCACCCAGUGUUGGGGGUGGCUAAGAUAAGUUUCACGCUGGCCGUGGGGCUGGGUUUUGCCCUCACCGCCUGGCUGCACCUGCUGUACCUGCCCCGCCUGCAGAAAAUGCCUUUCUUUGGCUUGAUUGGGAUCAUCCUGAGCUUCUGUGAAGUCUCCUUCAUUUUCCUCACCCUCCUGCUAUUCCCUGUUAACCUCUGGAUGUACGAGCUGAAGAAGAACAUAUCGGUUCCCAUCGGGUGGACCUAUUUCGUUGGUUGGCUGGUGUUGAUCCUGCAUCUCACCUGUGGGAUCCUUUGCUACCUCAACCAUAAAAACUUCUGGAAACUGAUAAUGGACAGCUCCUCUUCCAUCAUCAGCAGUCCUAGAAACAGCGCAUCGCAAGGGUCUCGGAGGAGCACUGUACAGCCCUCCAACAGCCAAGAGGACAUCCCCGAUCCUGAUAAGCAGAAGGAGAAGCAAGGAGUCAUUAGGUUUAUUUAAAAGUUUCUCAGGCCCCUACCCAGCCACGCUGGACUAAGUCUGUCCUCACCAUGACAAAGAAUGAGCACAGGAGGAUUUGGGGACCAGGGACCAGCUUUGCGUUCCUCUCCCUCGACUCAGCCUUGUCUGUGGCUCAGGUGAUGAUGUGGAAUAAAUUGUCCAUCCCUUCUUCA